GUAUUAAUUUUUUCUUCCUUUUUUCGAUUUGAUGGAUCCACGGAUUUAGUGCUUUGGCACAAAACCCACAUGAACUUCUUCUCUCUUUCCAGAUUCUCCUCUUCUUGAACUAUAGGACACUGUAGCUUUCAGGAAACAGCGAAUUUAUCUGAGGAAAUACAAGAUAGGUUUCAGAUUAUAGUACCGAGUUGAUAAACUUUUGAAGGCCUAUUUUCGGUCCAGGUCCGAUCGAUAUGUCUCAUAAGGGUUCAGAUGCAAGUGGUUGCCAAGACGGGUUGUUGUGGUACAAAGACAGUGGACAGCACUUGAAUGGUGAAUUCUCUAUGGCUGUAGUCCAAGCCAACAAUUUACUUGAGGACCAGAGCCAGAUUGAGUGGGGCAGUUUGAGUGUGGACGAGACCGACCCCUAUGGAACCUUUAUUGGUGUCUAUGACGGGCACGGGGGGCCUGAGGUAUCGCGCUAUCUCAAGAAUUGCCUGUUUGAGCAUCUCAAGACAUUUACUGCUGAGCAACACUCAAUGUCAGAGGAUGUGAUAAAGAAAGCAUAUCAAGCGGCAGAAGAGGGGUUCACGUUUCUUGUUACCAAACAAUGGACAAUGAAGCCGCAAAUUGCAGUGGUUGGGUCAUGCUGUCUGGUUGGUGUUAUUUGUAAUGGAACCCUUUACAUUGCCAACGUUGGUAAUUCUCGUGCUGUCCUGGGAAGAGCUAUGGAAGCAACAGGGGAGGUCUUACCCAUCCAAUUGUCAGCGGAGCACGAUGUAGGUAUAGAGUCGGUCAGACAGGAGUUGAUUUAUUUGCAUCCUGAGGACCCCCAGAUUGUAGUUUUCAAGCAUGGUGUAUGGCGUGUAAAGGGACUUAUCCAGAUAUCGAGAUCUAUUGGUGAUUUGUAUUUAAAAAAGUCUGAGUUCAACAGGGAGCCUUUAUAUGCUAAAUUUCGCCUUCCAGAACCUUUCCAAAAGCCAAUACUGAGUUCUGAACCAACAAUAUCAGUGCACCAAUUGCUACCCCAUGAUCAAUUUAUUAUAUUUGCAUCUGAUGGGCUUUGGGAGUUUCUUAGCAAUGAUGAAGCAGUUAAUAUGGUUCAAAGUCAUCCACGCAGUGGAAGUGCUAGAAGGCUGGUAAAAGCUGCUUUGAAAGUAGCAGCAAAAAAGAGAGAAAUGAGAUAUUCACACUUGAAAAAGAUAGAUUGUGGGGUCCGGCGCCAUUUCCAUGAUGACAUCACAGUGAUUGUUGUGUUUCUUAACUCAGAUCUUGAGAGCAGGGCUAGCUCAGUCUGCUGCCCUAGUAUAUCCGUUAGGGGUUGGGGGAGGAAUAAACCUGCUGAUAACACACUAGCUCCUUGUACCACGCCAAUGGAAGCUGGAAGUACCUGAUUAGACUUUAUCUCAUGUUUGUCUGUUGUAUUAUUCUCUUGCGAAUACCAGGCAGCUUCCAGAAGAGAUCAGGGGAGCAAUCCUUCAAUUCGUUAGUAUACACUGUAACUUUUAACUUGAAACUAAUACUUGCAUCUAGCUCCUGUGCGAAAAGUUAAAAGCACUCUGUAGAAAGAGAACUUUCUAGGUGACAGUUAAUGUAGUUAUUUCCUCAGCACAGUUCUUACCCUCUAUUAAUUCUUUCCCCUUCCACCCUUUAUGUUGGCAUCCUUGGCUUUGUAAAUUCUAUGACUGGCGUUUUACUUCCUGUUUCUUGUUUCUUUGUUUUUCUAAUAUACUCAAAAUU